CACCAGUCCUCACCACGCCCUUGUAUUCCAGGCUGUUCGAGAACCACUCUGAGCUGAUCACGCUGUUCACCAAGUUCCGGCAGCUGCGGACGCGGGACGAGCAGGCCGAGUCUCUGGAGCUGGCCGAGCACGCCACCAUGGUCAUGAACUCCAUUGACGAGGGCAUCAAGGCCAUGGACAACGUGGACUUCUUCUUUGGCCUCCUCCACCAGAUCGGCGCCUCUCAUCGCAAGAUCCCGGGCUUCAAAAAGGAGUAUUUCUGGAAAAUCGAGCACCCGUUCCUGGAGGCCGUGCGGCUCACGCUGGGGGAUCGCUACACCGACAACAUGGACAACAUCUACAGGAUCACCAUCAAGUUCCUCAUUGAAACGGUGGUGCGUGGCUACGAGCUGGCUGAGUCGAAGGAGCCCAACGACAACGAGAAGAAGGCGAUCAACUCGGAGGAAGGGAACAGCAGCUCCAAGACGGACAAAGGAUCUUGAGAGCGGCCGGCGGGGGGAGGAGGCCAGCCGGGGGUCAUUACUACACUGCCGUCUGACCAACAACACCAACAACACCAUCAACAACGCAGCGCACAUUCGGUUCUCGUGACGUGUAGAGUUACGGCUCAACCCACCCGAUGCAGCGUGACCCUGGCGGGACUGUGAGGCAGUGCAGUACUGAGCCUUCUGCACGAGGCAUCUUGGUGUACUAGUGAUCAAGUAGUGUAGCUUUGUAACUGUUUGUAACGUCGGCCAAGAAUGGCCAGGCGCGCGACUCCCAGGCGGGACUGCGCAGUGCUGUCUGGGGGUCGGGCGCCUGACACACGCACGCAGAUUAACAUAUAAUGUUAGGUAUUUGCUGGAAAACCUUAAUUUUAAGUGAACUGUCUGAGCUGAGAAUACGAAGUUUUUAUUAUGUUGUUCUUUUUUUUUUUUUUUAUAUUAGGAUCAUGAUAUUUAUCGAGAAAGCUUAUUUUCGUAUAGAAAUAUGAAAGAGGACGGUGAGUUAGUCGCUCCUGGCCGCUGUAACUCGUAUUUCGUGAACAUCGAUGUCAAUGUCGCUAACAUACAAAUAGGAUAUCUGUGUUGCAGAUAUUGGAAACGUCCCAUAUAGUUGUGUGUUGUACUUCAUAACGCUGCCAGCACCGGCGGCAGGGUGAGGAGGGGGGUAGGGAGGGCGCAGCGUGGAGUGGCCGCCGCCGCGCCGCCCACACCGCCGUUGCUUGUACCGCAGCCAGCGUGCCAGAUACACACGGUACACACCCUCGAUGAGUUGCCGAGGUACAGCCUCUUAUUUAUUUAUUACACAUCUCCAUUCCUGCAGUGACUUUGAUUUUGUGUUUGAUGAGUGUGUGUGUGUGUGUGUGUGUGUGUGUGUGUGUGUGUGUGUGUGUGUGUGUGUGUGUCAUCUCAGUCUUGUGGACUCAGGGAAACAGGAAAUUAGUAAAGAUAUGCUCAAAGGAGGCCUAUAGUGUUAAAGAUCUAAUACUAAGUGAUAUGUAACAUUUGGGUACACACUUAUCAACAUUUGUUCAGAACCAUAAAGUUACACCGUGAAUCUUGAAGCAGUUCUUUGUCGUCAGCGCAAGGCACACGUAAAGUCAUUCGAGUUACAUUGUAAUAGAUGAGUUGCGAAUAAAACAGGUGUGUAAGAUUUAGCUUCAGGCAUUGCGUGUUAUUUUCAGAGCAACAUCCACGCUCACGUGAAGCCAGAUGAUUCAUGGGAAGGCAGUAAAGGUGGCGGGAAGGCAGAGUGAAGGUAGGAAUCACGGCUUUGUGGUGAAACACGUAUACCCUCACAUUUCAUAUUCAUUGUGACCAAAACAAAAAAUAAUCUUUCAGGCUAUGCAGGUUUGUUUGAUCAAAUUAGGCGGCAUAUUCCAGUAUUCCAGCGUGCGUUUGGAGCGUAAUGGAAUCUCCCUUUUUACAGCGCCGUGUUCCCGCACGGGGUAUGUACGUAUGUGUGUUGCGGUCGCGGUUCAUGUGAUGGCGGUGCUCGUGUGGUGAUAACGGUUCAUAUAAUAAUUACCUGUGGUCGUGUUAUUAGAGCUGCUCUCGUUAUCCAUUUUCCAGCGGGUUAUGUCCACACUUAGCCAUAUAACAGCCAGGAUGGCGGUGCAGUGGAGCGCACUUUGGGAGGUGAAAUGUGGAGGAGAACCACCUAUCCAAGUACUAACCGGACCCAGCGUUGCUUAACUUCACUGAUCGGACGAGAAGUGGUGUGAAAGAAGAAGUUCAAGGAAGUUAUAAGUAUUUUACAAUGUAGGACGUGGAGAAAAGAAACUUCUGGGAAUUAUGAAGACUCUGUCAUGACCACGUGUCACCAUAACAGCCACCAUGAUAGCUUGCAACAUAAUUUUUUUCCACGCCAAAGCAAAAAAUACCGUAUGUUUCUAGUGAAGUGUCAUGUUAACUGUCUCUAUGAUAACUGUCACCUUGACAACCCAACUCGCAGUCCAAACUUUCCGCUUCAAGACAAAAGUCAGGUGUAUGAUGGAGAGAUGCUGUCAGCGAGUCACCAUUGCCAGUUCUGAGGUGGUGCAAAGGCGCGUCCGUGGUGCAGCGCCCUAGCUCGCCGCCCCGCCAGCCCCGCACCUCCUGCUUGGAGAGAGGGGGGAGGGGAGGGCUGCCGGGGGGCGCCAAACAAACGCCGAGGAAUCUCACCAAUGUUAUAUUUAGUGUAGGCCAAUAGGGAGAACAAGAAUGCCACAAUCUGUUCAAGAUAUCAACCGCGGAUCAUUGCAAAUCACAGUAACUCACGCAGUUUGAGUGAGUGUACAAGUCUUGCCCUCACGCUGGUGUCCGGUGUACUGCUGCCGCGGGUACGGGUACGCCUCACGCCAGAGUGAAGAGUAACGUCACGUAUUUGGCCUCAUUCUGGCAUUCCUCGAUGUUUUGUACAUAGUAGCGUAAGGCAAGAGAGUCGUGUACCAAAUCCCAUCCUCAAGUAGCUUAAGUUUCACGAGUGUCAGUCAUGCCCGCGUAGUGUUAGCGUAGCAGUGUGAGUGUGGGUGUGUAUAGUGCGUGGUUAGUGCAAGGCUGCCCUCAGAGGGUAGCGGCGCCCGCGCGGUGCCCUAAUAACACUGUAGAAUUGAGCCCAACUUGUGCACACGGUUGUUAGGAGACGCGUGUGUGCAAUUAAUGUACGUGUACCGUGUUUCAUUUUCUAGGUAUGUAGAGAAAAAUGCAGAAUUGUUGCCAACCAAAAAAAAUAUAUACUGACGGUGGGACGCUGUGACAGAGUUGUGCUGAACGAUUUCAAUAACGAUCAAGAAAACAUUAACAUCAAGAGCUCAGUGGAAGGGUAACAUGUAUCAAGCAACGACCUCGCGGCGCCCCACCCUCAUACUCAUUAAGAAUUGGGUUAUAUUGGUGUCUCUUGAAUAAUAAUAUUUAAAUACGUAUGUGUAGGAUUAAGAGAUUAUCGUGAAAUUCCUCGGCAAACUGUAAAAACAAAGGUCUGUAUAAGAUUUACCUGCAGUCACUUUGCAAUAUUAGUACAGGUAAAUACAUUGUUUCUUAAAGCGCUGAUGCAUCUCCAACAUCACCUUGAUUUUCUUGCAUAUAGUGGAGACAAGACCAAUUAUACUAUUAAACAUGACACGACGUAAACUUUACCAUCAUCACCACCACCGCGGGAUGGAUAAGACAGCAGUUGGCUAUCAAUGCAAACCACGUCAUUUCAGAAUCACAACAACGCUGAAAAUGAACGGUGAUUAUGGGGGACAGUGAGUGAGGCACAGGCGACAGCACUGCGGUAUGUACGAAAAAGCAUAAAGAAAGAAGAAAGGGCAGUAGACAUGUUGAGUCUUCACGAGGCUGUUUGUGAUAAGCUGCACUGUCUAAUCUAGAAUGAAAAAAUAAAAAAAAAAAACACGUGAGCCUUUUGCCGUCAUGCUAUGAUAACAAAAGCCAUUCCAACAACGGUCUUUGCUGCUGAGAAGUACGUACGAGUGUAUACAUGCUUGCUUCCCUUUCGCCCUUGCCUUGCCUUGUCCUUGACUUGUGCUGGCUGGCCGUGUUUGUUACCGCCAUAAAUGUUCUCUGAAAAAUCGUCCCUUUUCGCCAGCAAUGCUCGAACCCACUAAUGUUCUGACGCAAAUGAACAAGAAGGAAUUAUUUGGAUUAUACAUAUUUUCAACAUGUUUCUCUCUCUCUCUCUCUCUCUCUCUCUCUCUCUCUCUCUCUCUCUCUCUCUCUCUCUCUCUCUCUCUCUGAAAGAUACCAUGGCUGCGGGCGCCCUUUUUUAUCUAUUUCAUUCAUCUAAUUAUCUAUUUUUAUUCCUACAUGUCCAUAAAGACGUAAUGCAUUUGUGUUGCGAAGGAGUGAUUUUUUUUUAACCGAGACUGAAGAGAAUUAUGAAUGAUGCAGUGUGUGUGUGUGUGUGUGUGUGUGUGUGUGUGUGUGUGUGUGUGUGUGUGCUUCUUUUCUGCAUACAUGCUCUUACAAAACAGGCCAUUCCAACAACAACAAUAACAACAACAUGUCCAAGGCAGGAAGGUAGAAAUGGCUGGGAGUGACCCCUGCUGUGUGUGGGAGGCUGAACACCAACGCAGCACCGAAUGUCAGGUGUAAUUUUUGGGUGUGACUUGAGGGUUGGGAAUUUUCAUUACUUUUUUGUAUGCGAGGAGGCUCAGGGGAAGGGACAACAGAAACUGGUGAGAAAAAAGGAAGAAAAAAAAAACACUUAAGAUACCAGACACUAAAGGAGACUUCAAAUGCAACUCUUAAGUUACGCAUCACCUCGAGGCUUGUGGGUAUGAUGCAAAAAAAUCAGGAAAUUGGGUGUACCUUUGGAAAAUUAGAUAAGAGAGAAAAAGAUCAGUUAGUGUGUAGCAUAUAAGAUCAUAAACUAGAGUAUUUACUAACUGCUUAUGUAAGAUAUUCGUCCCAGAGAAAGACGUGUAUGUGCUACUGUAGAUGAUCAGCGGAGAAAGGUAUCUUCUCUUACUUGGCAACUCUUGAUGAAUCUUCUCCAUAUCCAACAUUAUGGCUUUUUAUUUUAUUUUAUUUAUUUAUUUAUUCAUUUUUAUUGUGAGUGUGUGUCCAAGCUUCAAAUUCCUCACCUGAUAUAAGCAUAGCCAUUAACAGUCCAAGUCUCGCGUUCUUUGUCAUGUGUUGGUUUGGCGGUCUAAAACUCUGAACCCAAACACCUCAUUCAGCUCAGUUCUCUGUUCCCAAACUCACCGAUUCAUAUUACUACUAAAUUCUGUCCUCCGCUAAUCUUGUUUUAGGGGUAAAAAAAAAAAAAGCACUUUGUUUAUUAAACGUAAUAUUAAUAUGUGACUGCAAUUUCACCCUAGCCGUUUUACUUUUAUUUAUUUUUUGUUACGAAAGCAUUUGCAUCUGUAAUUAUCUAACAUGAUGAGAUUUUGGCGCCUGUUCAUUUAGAGUCACGCAAUAUGUAUCCCCAUUUCACAUUCUGUCUAAGAAAAAAAGAUAACUUCAAAUGUACACCAAUUUUUUAUUCUUCCGUUAUUCUCUUAUCAGUAUGAAGUAGACAUGUGUACGGAUUUUCACUUCACAUUUUGUUUGGAGAGCUUUAAAAAAAAAAUCAGUUAACUUCCCAGUGUAAUGAGUUAGGAAGAAGACCUGACCUGUAGAACCACAUCUUUAAACGACCCAUCCCUUGAAGAGCCUUGUGUAGCACGUUGUAUCCCUUACUCAGAAACUCAUAAGGUGACUGUAAACUUGAAUGAAUGGAAGAAGGUUUACUUGAUUAUUUGACCUUUAGUGGUGCGCGGGUAGCAGUGAUGAGGGCGGCAGCGUGUGGGCGGCGGUGGCAGUAGCGGCGGCAUGGCUCGACAGAACACACAAGAGUAGCCAAGAUAAAACAAAUAAAAAAUAAAAAAAAUAAUAAAAAUAAUGAUAAUAAUAAUACCGUUAUGAUUUCGAUCUUGGAAGUAGGAGCGUAUUCUCAAACACUUCGUCAUCCACCUCUUACUUUCAACAGCCUUCAGUGGAAGUUAUUAGGGGUUUUCCAAGUGUGUUUUCAUGAUUCUAGUGACAGAUGAGCAAGGAUUCUGCAUCAUCAAUGGGAAAAUCACCCUUGGGAACCUCACUAAUCAUCUUUGUGGCCUCUGAAAAUAGUGACGAUGAAAGAACGAAGCGUCUCAGAAUACGAGCCUGCGGUAAUGUCUCUGGUGCAAGUGUUAAACCUGAAGCAUGUUGUGUUGGGAAGUACAGCACUUACGAUCCUUUUUUUGUAACCAGUGUCUUACUCAUCCAUACUGAUUCAUUCUCUCUCUCUCUCUCUCUCUCUCUCUCUCUCUCUCUCUCUCUCUCUCUCUCUCUCUCUCUCUCUCUCUCUCUCUCUCUUGGCAAUAUACUUAAUUACUACAGUAAGAUCUUUCCUCUUACGUCAUCUUCUUAGAAAAUCUAUUAUUAUUUUGCCAUCGGUGACACUUACUACUCGGUUUAUAAUCACAAAAUUAGAAACAGGUUUGGGCUUCAAGUGUGUGUGUGUAUGUGUGUGUGUGUGUGUGCGUGUGUGUGUGUGUGUGCGUGAUAAAGCACUGCCCGGACUUUCCGUGUGCCCCUCAAGAGUGCAAUCUACGUACAGGUUGCCACAUAAAUGAAGUACGUAUAGUAUUGUAAAAAGUAUGUACUAUGGACAGUAAUACUUGCUAGACUAUUAAUGAAACUGUACUAUAUGCUAAGCUGAUUAUAGUGUCCUAUAUUAGAUCACAUGUGUAGUGUAUGUAAGAAGCCAACAUAUUUUUCUGGAUAUAUCUUGUUUUUACCAAAUGCUACAGGUGGAUAGCAGAUAUAUGUAAUGCUCAUACAUGCUAUAUAUUACUGUGCUUGGCUCGCUUUCCUCCGUUACAUCUCGUUUCUGCCUCGGUCAAGCCUUCAGUUAGUCGCACUUUCAGUUUCCUUCAUAAAUAACAAAUGGAACCUUGCGUUUAUGGGUACUUUUUUUUUUUCUAUAUAUAAACCAUAAUUUUCUUUUUGAUGUUUUGUCUUGAGUGUUACAUAAGUUAUAUAUGAUUUUGUGAUUUACUUACACAUGUCAUUAUUCUGUUGUAAUGAUCCAAAGGUACAGUCAGUGGUGAGCUUCAGAUAAAGCUUUGCAGAAUGUAUAUGAUCACUGUAGAUGUUACAGAAUGCAUGAUUUGUUUUUUUUUCCUACCUAGCAAAGCGGCCUUUUCUUGGAAUGAAAUGUAGUGAUUAUCUUUCCAAACGAUAAAGUUGAAAAUUAUCAGAUUAAAAACCGAAAUGUAGACUCACUUGUUGACUUGUCAUUCCCAUCAGCUUGUUACAUGAGCAGCGUGCUCAGCAAUGCACUAAAAACACCAGUGCAGCUCCCGGGCCUGAGAGCUUGGGGCAGGAGGGCAACUAGUCUUAUUUUUAACUGUAAUGAAGGAUGCUGUGUAUAUGGCGUUUGUUGUGCAAGGCCAGUGUUGGGUCUCCAGUCAGUGACGCAUGCUCAGUCCCCUUAUUCUGUCGUGAGUGAGUCGCAGUGUGUAGGCAUGCAUGGGCUGCUCGUCUUGGGCGGAGCUCGGCUCGGCGAGACCUGAAAGUUCGCUGUCACCUCGUAAAGUAGACGUCUUGGCGAAACGUUGUCUGCAGGUUGGCUUGGGAUCACAAUUUGUCUUCAUUUCUUAUUAUACAUAGGUACUUUACACAUUAUACUUAACGCAUAAACUGUCAAAGUUUUAAAAAUAAAAGAUAUUUGUUAC